GCUGCGUUGCAUUUGCUGGUUAGUCUGCAUGAAAUCACAGCAGUUCUAUCGUCUCUCGUUUACUGGCCUUGUUCAUUCAUAAGUUUAUUUUUAUCGCAUAAUACAGCGUUGAGUAUUGACAACCAAAUACUUUGCGAGCUAUUGAGAAGUGCGUGUUGUAUGUAAUUGGGAGGCAUGGCAAUGGGAAGAGGAGUCGCAACCGGAAAUGACGACCCGAACUCAGAUGAUGAGAAUGAACAUAACGAUCCAGACGAUUUCUUCAGAGAACGAAACGGAAAUGGCAAAGCGCCACCUAGAAGCGGCUCAAUUUCCUUUGCUUGGCCCGAAUCCUCCGACAUCCGACGAGAAUCGUCCGACUUCCGUCCGCACUCCUCCGACUUCAGAGCAGAAUGUUCGGACGGCAGACGAGAGUCCUCGUUAGAUUUCAGAAGAGGAUCCACAGCGACAUCUGGAAGUAGAACCGAGUCACGUGACCAGUACAGAGACCACGGCCCCGCAAUGAGUUCGGAGAAAAAAUUACACUACCAUUUGGAUGAAAUGCAAGCAGCUUUUCAAUACACCCCUUCAGAUGUUCAAGAGAAAUUUUUAAAGGCACAGAAGCGAAGUCAGAGGCUGCAGUCGACGCCUAACUUCCAGGAGCAGAUGAUUCUCUAUUCCCUACUACAACAGAGCACAUUGGGUGAUCCACCCCCAGUUGAUCACGAAGAAUUCUCAGAUAUUUUCGGAGCACCCAAAAGGGAAGCGUGGCUUCGUCUCAAAGGCAGACCAAAACAACAGACUAUGAAAGGGUACAUAUCAUACGUCGAAGAAUUAGGCAACAAAUACGGUUGGCUUCUAGACGGAGAGAAAAUAAGCGAGAGUCUAUUCGAUGCAAGUAUGCUCCAUUCUGCGUUCUAAAUGGCCGAAUGUUUGCUUGGACGAAUUAUUUUUCACACUCAAGAUAAAUUUGCUCGAGCUCUUUCGGAGAUUCUCUUUUUGUGCUUUGCGAUGAAUUAAAACAGGGUUUUGGAGCCGUUCAAAGAAAUUGUUCUCCAAACAUCGUUGUAAUGUGAAUUGAAUUUGCGCUGCAGUUUUCCUUAUUUGCACAAAAAUUGUGAAAAAUAUAUUUUAAUUUUAUUUUUUUUUCAAUGUAAAGUUGUCAG